AAUCAUUUCACAAACAGCACAAACCUCUAUAGUUUCCCUUUAUUUUUUAGCCACUUUCAAAACACUCAUCAUCACCUUGUCGGCCUCUCUCCUCUCCUCUAUUCUUUUUAACAUUUUUCUUCAUUUUGAGCAUAUUACUAUUAAAACAACCAAAAAUCCCUAUACUUUCCACUUGCUUUUUCAUAGCUAAAAGGAUCAAUACUCUUCAUUAUUCUUUGUGUUUUCUUGUGAUCAAAACUAUUCAACACCACUAAAAUUUAUAGCUCGUGAAAUUUCAUGAAAUAAGUGUCAGUUCAAUUUUUACUGUUUUCUCUUCUGGUCAAAACUAUUUCACUACUAAAGCUUAUAGCUGAUGAAAUUUUGUUUCAAUUCUUACUGUUUUCUCUUCUGCUCUUGUUCUUGCUCCUUUCGCCGAAAAUAAAUAAUAAAUUAAAAAAACCACUCUAUCCCCACCUAACCUAAAGACACCCUUUUUUGCUUUUUGCCUUUUCUUGUUUUGUACUAAAAACUUGGGCUUUUGAUCAUUAGCUAAACUACAUGCCCACAAAAAUCUCUUUUUAGUAGCCAAAAUACCUAAAAAAAAAAAAAAACGUUUGUUGUUUUCUUGAGACUUGAUAUUAUUUUGGAGUUGUAGUAGAAAACAAGCUUACUACUAUAUUCUUGGUUCUUCAUUAUUUCAUCAAAUUUCCAUUUUCAAUACCUACAAACCUAUAGAAAAUUUCAAUUUUGUCCAUUUUUUUUGGGUUAAUACAAUGAGACAACAACAACCUUUUGGUGCUCUUUCAAGAACAAGUAGCUGCAAAAAUUCCAAGAAAAUAAUUCCUUCCACUUAUUCAAGAUCAACUUCUAUAAACCAUGAUCUAAAUGAGAGUUUUUCAGAUAAAUCUCUUGUUCCAAAAAAUGGAAGCUCCACGUCAUCAACAAAUAUUAAUCCAAUAACCAAAUCAAGAAUUGGAGUUUCAGCUCUAAUUAAGUCACUAAUCAGCAUUAUCUCAUUUCCCACUAUACUUCCUGCAUGCAAGUGGCUUAAUCUCCCAACCCAAUUUUCCAUUACGCCGUCUCUUGGACGGAAACUCACCGGAACCCUAUUUGGUCACCGGAGAGGACACGUCAGCUUUGCGGUUCAAGAAGAUCCGAAAUCAGAACCGGUGCUUUUAAUCGAGCUCGCAAUUUCAACUUCGGCUUUAGUGAAGGAGAUGUCAUCUGGGCUCGUGAAGAUAGCGUUAGAAUGUGAGAAAAUGGUGGCGCCGCCGCCACAGACGGCGGCGGCGGCGCGUGGGAGUAGAAACAGGCGGCGCGUGGAACUUUUUCAGGAGCCCAUGUGGACUAUGUACUGUAAUGGGAGGAGGUGUGGGCACGCGCUUUCACGCGCGUGUACUAAUUCGGAUUGGCACGUGCUUGGCACCGUGCAGAGCGUGUCCGUCGGUGCCGGAGUGAUUCCGGUGGUGGACGACGGCCGGAAAAUUAGUGCGGCGGAAGGUGAGUUGCUGUACAUGAGGGCUAAAUUUGAACGAGUUGUGGGUAGUCGUGACUCACAAGCUUUUUAUAUGAUGAAUCCUGAUGGUAAUGGAGGUCCUGAACUUAGUAUUUUUCUACUUAGGAUAUGAAAAAAUAAAUAGAAGAAAUUAAAAGGAAAAAAGAUAUGGAAAUUAAAGAACAUAAAAAGGAAAAAUUAUAAUAUGUGAUGUUUUUGAGUACUUCAUUUUGAUUAUAGUGUGUUCAAUUAGCUAUAUGAAAUGUUGUUUAGUGAUUUUGUACGUUGUGUAACUUAUCUUAUAUGUAUAUUGCAUGGCCAUAUAUGCAUGCUUUUUAUUUUUUA